AUGACGCACCUGCCGGCGCGCUUUGCGUUGCUUCCGUUCUUUGCGGGGUCGCCGUUGACAGAGUUCGACGUGCACGACCUCUUCCUCACAUUUCCGCACCAAGAAGACCGGCUUCCGUUCCACCUCGUCCUCCUCGAAGGCGAUUUGCGCCUCAUUGCGCAGCUCGUCGCAUUCGAUCCGCAGCUCGUCACGCCCGAGAGCUUUCGGCUUGCGAUUGCGGCCGGGCAUCUCGUUGUCGCCCAAAUGCUGCUUGACAUGAACCCGUCCGUCGUUGAGGCCACUUCAUUUGUCGAUCUUGACGCUGUCAACGAGGAUACGGCCGUCUGCGUCGCGGCGGCCAACGGCCGUCUCGAGAUUCUCCAAUGGCUGCACGUGUCGGGCCACGAGCUUGUCUGGCACGCGCUCGUCACCGCCGCAACCAACGGCCACGAGGACGUCGUCACGUACCUCCUCGGGCACGAGCUCUCGUCCGGCGCGCCCGACCAUGCCCCCGUGCAUUGGACGUCGUCGCACCCGAUACAGAGCGCCUUGACAUGCGCGCUAUGCAAUGGCCAUGCCGGCAUUGUGCUGCGGCUACUCCAAUACGGACCCUGUACGCUUCAAGAACACCCGGAUAUGCCCUAUUUCAAGUGGUCGGCGGCGUCAGUGGUCGGCCGCCACCACGUCCAAGCCCUGCAGCACAUCCUCGACGCUAGCAUGGAUGUGAGCUCGCUCGAUGCCACGGUCGUCCACGGGAUCUUCUCGUGCGUAGAUUUCGAGCCCACGAUUGUGCUAGACGCUGCCGAUGCUGAGAUCGAGGCUGUCGUGCGCGCGCUCCCACGUGCGUUCUACGUGGAAAUGCUCUUGGCAGCGGCUCGGGACGGGACCGUUGGCGCGCUGACGUCGGUUCUCCGGGGUAUUCUUCAAGCAAACAUCACUCUUGAUCCAGCUGCCGACAUCGAGCAAGCGCUUGCACGCAGCGCGACCGCCCACUGCAUCAAGACUCACAAGACCAUGCGUUCGUUCUUGCGCCGCGUGGGCCUCGACGACACAGCUCUCGACUCGGUGCUGAUGGAGGCGCGUCAAUUUGGGACACUGCCUGCUGUGCAGUGGCUCGAUAUCAACUUUGGCGUCGUCGGCUCGGCAGCUGCAAUGGCGGAAGCGGCAGGGGCCGACGACGCAGACGACAUUGUCCAACGCUCCGGCAGCCUUUUGUCGCUUUGA